AUGAGACAGGAUUUUAGUGAGUUCGCAAGGUUAGACGUGCGUUUCACUCCUCAUGACAGUCGAUGGGUCCCGAAGAGCGCACGUUUCGUUGUUCUAGGUGAGACUGCAAAGUCAACAGGUGUGCUCAGCGCUUUCAAGUUGAGUGGGAGUGGUGUCCGGAAACUGGUUGAGAUCGAGCGACAGAGUGGGUUCAAAUGCUGUACAUUUGGGUCUCACACGCUUCCAGAGCGCUUGCUCGUCGCUGGUACUCUCAAUGGUGAGCUCGAAAGUUGGGACCUUGAGCAACCGUCAACGCCGCUCACCGUUGUAAGAGCGCACGAGUCUACCGUCAACGCCGUUGACGGCGCCGGAGGUGGUGUCCAUGGCGUUGGUCCGUUAGAAAUAGUCACAGGUGGACGUGAUGGAACUGUCAAGGUGUGGGACUCAAGGCAAGAGAACUCGGUGGCAACGUUUCGUCCACGUUCAGCGUCGUGCGAGUGUUGGUCGGUUGCGUUUGGAAAUGCCUUCGACGAAAGCGAGCGGUGCGUUCUGGCUGGUUACGAAAAUGGGGACAUCAAAAUGUAUGACUUAAGACACGGAACCAUCAGAUUCGAAACGAACGUCGCAAACGGCGUUUGCGAUGUUGAAUUUGACAGGAAGGAUAUUUCAAUGAACAAGUUCAUCGCUGCGUGCCUAGAGAGCCAGUUUG